GCCCGCUUCUCCCCUCAGUCAGCUAAUCCGGCAAGGCUGACUUCAUCAUCUUCGACACGGACUACGACACGUACAUGGCCAUCUUCGAGUGCGACCGCGCGGGCCUUCUGCACCGCCGCUCCGUCGCCAUCCUCUCCCGCACCCAGGCCAUCGAUGAGAUGUUCGUGAGAAGGGUCCGUCGCCUCCUGGACGUAGCUGAAGUGGGCCAUGGCGCCCUUUCCACUAUCAGCCAUGACACUUGCCGGAAGACUGGGCAACACAACUGGCACGUGGACGAAGAGCUGUUUGGACUCCUGCCGGGGGUGGACGAGGGCCAAGUGCGCAGGCGCGUGUCCGACGGGGUUCAGGACUACGACAUCACACAGCUCGAGAUCAUCGGCGACGGCAUCGAGGACGAGAGCUUCCGCGGUAGCCUGAAGGACAAGCGGCCUGCUCCCAGUCUGUAAGCAGGAGGAGGAGGAAUAGGAGACGAAGAAGAAGAAGAAGAGGAGGAGGAGGAAGAGGUAGGAAAAUAAUUAUUAUAAGAAGGAGAAGGCAAAGGGGAGAGAAGACAAAGGAGAAAAGAAUCAGCGAGGAAGAAUUAAGAAUACGGAGAUUAGUAGCCGAGAGAACGCCUCCUUCCCCCUCGGUCCCUUGUUUUCAUCGGCAGUCCCUCUCACUCACGCACACCAACGCCAUCUUUCGACUGCAAGAGUAACCAAAGAACCUCCGAAAGCCACGGGUCGCUCAGUCCCAAAGACGCGCUCAUUCCCUCCGCGGUGGUAUGGACAAGGAAGCGAAAUCGUAGCGUUUUUUUGAAAUUAGUAUACUUAUGUUAUAAUACUGAUGUUAUGUAUGUUUAAUAUGUGUGGAUAUUGCUCCAAAUGUAAAAAAAAAAAAGAAAAAUGGAACAUUCCUAAAGCAUCUAGGCCAAGGUGUAGGAUAACAGACCUAACAGCCAGCGCCUCUGAGGGGUGCCACGCCCAGCCCGAAUCUCAAGCCAAGACUCAGGUUCUUUUAGGUUCCUGGUUGAGUACCUUGGUACCUUGGCUCUCCCUAAUCCGUACCUGUUGUUAAAGUGUAAUAAAAUCUGUUAUUUACUAA